GUGUAGUUUUUAAGACGUGCCUGUUUAUCGAGAAAGCUGUAAAAGCAGUACUAUAUUUUAAAAAAAAAAAUAACAACAACUUUCGUAUUAUAAGGCAAGAACAGUUUUGACGUAGGAUGUAUAAUAAGGAAGUCGACAUACGCAGUAAAUAAUUAGAAAUGUUGAUGUAGUGAGAUGUAGAAAACUACCGGAAUUCGCUUCCGGGUUUAAAGAUGACGCAAACACGUCGUACGUACAUGUAUUUGUUCAUGGCCGCUAGAGGGCAAGUGUGGUGAUAACGUUGCGUGUGAGAUUAACCGCCAAAGACAAAAAUAGUACCGGCCUCUAAUUUCUGUUGCUUUUCGGGAGGCGGGAGGAAGGCGCCUGCUCGGUGGUGGUUAAUCCUUAUAUCUUGUUGUGUCAGGUGGAAAUAACACGCAUCAUGGACAGCCGAAAACGCCCGAGAGAAGAGCCGCUGUGCGUGGAGAGUUUGAAAACGCCGGUCAAGCAGAUUGUAACCGGGCAUCCACGUAAAGAAGAUGGGAAUUUUAAGCACUGGGACACUGAGGAAAUCUGCUCCUAUCUUCGCCAGCACGGACUCGGAGAGUGGGAGCAAAAGUUCAGAGAACAGAAGAUAACAGGAGUCGGGCUGCAUUAUCUCACUGAUCUACAGCUGGAGAAGAUUGGCAUAGAGCCCCUGGGCUCCAGGCUGCAGAUCCUCCACUGUUUCAGGAAACUCUGGCAGAUCUCGUUUGAUCGCAUGAAGGUGUUCAACGAUCCGAUCCACGGCCACAUCGAGCUCCAUCCUCUGCUGGUGUGCAUCAUCGACACGCCUCAGUUCCAGCGGCUGCGGCACAUCAAACAGCUGGGAGCCACGUACAUGGUGUUUCCCGGAGCCGCACACAACCGCUUCGAACACUGCAUAGGCGUUGGAUAUUUAGCGGGUUGUCUCGUCCAAGCUCUGAACGACAGACAGCCCGAGCUCCUCAUCACCAAACAGGACAUCCUGUGUGUUCAGAUCGCCGGGUUGUGCCAUGACCUGGGUCACGGUCCUUUUUCCCACAUGUUUGACGGAAUGUUCAUUCCGAAGGUCCGACCCGGCCUGAAAUGGAAGCACGAGAACGCAUCGGUGGAGAUGUUCGACCACAUGGUGAAAGUGAAUAAUCUGGAGGGAGUGAUGGAGGAGUACGGUUUCUCUCUCCCCACCGACCUCAUCUUCAUUAAAGAGCAGAUCGCCGGGCCGCUGGACUCCGCCUCCUCGGGCAACAAGUGGGCGUACAUGGGCAGGUCGGAAGAGAAAUCCUUCCUGUACGAGAUCGUAGCUAAUAAGAGGACCGGCAUCGACGUGGACAAGUGGGAUUAUUUUGCAAGAGACUGCUAUCACCUCGGCAUCCAGAACAACUCCGACUACCGUCGCUUCCUCAAGUUCGCUCGAGUGUGUGACGUGAAGGGCAAGAAACACAUCUGCACCAGAGACAAGGAAGUAGGUGAUUUAUACGACAUGUUUCACACACGGAACUGUCUGCAUCGCCGAGCCUACCAACACAAAGUGGGUAACGUCAUCGAGGUCAUGAUAACAGAAGCUCUGGAGAAGGCUGAUCUGUACAUUAAGAUUCAGGGCUCUUCAGGGAAGACGUACCGAAUCUCAGAAGCCAUCGAGGACAUGGAGGCUUACACCAAACUCACAGAUCACAUUUUCGAGCAGAUCCUGUACUCGUCUGAUCCGGCGCUGUCUGAAGCCCAGGCCAUCCUGCAGAACAUCCUCCACAGACGUCUGUACAAAUGCGUGGGGCAGACCACGCCCAAUCGUCACUAUGAAGUGUCACAGGAGAUGUUGUGCGAGUGGUCUCGCGAGGUGUCGGAGUGUAAACCUUUGGGUAAUGAGGUGGAUUUGAUGCCCGAGGACUUCAUAGUGAAUGUGAUUUAUAUGGAUUACGGAAUGAAGGAGAAGAAUCCCGUGAACAACGUUUACUUCUACUGCAAGAACGACCCCACUAAAGCCAUCAAGAUCCGCAAGAACCAGGUGUCCAAGAUGUUGCCGGAGCAAUUUGCCGAGCAGCUGAUCAGAGUUUACUGCAAAAAAACGGACGAGAAGAAUCUGGAAGCGGCGAAGAAGUACUUUGUGCAGUGGUGCAUGAACAGAAAUUUCUCCAAACCGCAGGAUGGUGAUGUCACGGCACCAGAGCUCACUCCACUAAAGCUUGACUGGCAGAAUGAAGAUGAUGAAGAGAGUGACAGCGACAAUGACUUCAGAGGUCGAGGGAGGAUCAACGGUGGAACAACUGUGAAAACAAACCUGUUCCAUUCUCCGAAAGAGAAACCCAGAUAAUGUUGGCACCCCCUGCAGGCAGGAUGAGAAAAUGCUCAGGCUCAGUUGUUGUGUUUUUUUAAAAAUUUUUUUUUUUUUCCUCUAGCACCACCAGAGGGCGCUUUAAAAUUGAUUCCUUCUAGUGGCAGUAAAUGACAGGAAGUUAACCUUUUAGAUCACACUGGUUUAUAAUAUUGUGCUCCAAUGCUUAUAGAAUUAAUACAUAAUAUCAGUAUUUUAAAUAAUGUAAUAAAUUCUGUCCGUGAUGCUUCAAUAAUAAUAAUAAUGUCCAAUAUAUAUAAAACAAGUUCUAGUUUAAAAAUUACAAAUAAAAAAUGUUAAAUGAUAAUUUUUAGAGUUUACCUGCAAGAACUAAAUUCUAACACUGAAAAAUCUGUAGAAAUCACAGGUAAAGGUACUGACGAUAUCUCAGAAAAGUGUAUCAUGACCCUAUAUAAUGACGACAGUAGUACAUCAUAUUGCCCAACCCUAAUACAAAACAUACCAGUGUAAAUAUCAUCCAUGUUAAAAAUGGUGCUCAAUUUAAAUGUAAAAAAAACAAAACAAAACCCCAAAACAAUAGAAAUGUUUCCAGCUAAAGAAAAGACAUAGACAAGACAGUUGUCCUUCUAGGAUAGAUUUUAUCCAGAGGAAAUGGAACACUUGAAAAUGCUACCUUCUCAGGAUUAAUAAAAUAUAGUUGGUCAAUAAAACAAUUUAAAAAUCUAUAUCGGUUUAUAACAAUUGAUCUUUGGCAUUACAGCAAUAAAAAUCAAAUCGAGCGAUUAAAAAGAAAAAAAAAAGAGGUCAUAUACACAUGGUUUAAAAUGACUUCUUAACCUUAUAACCCAAUCUAAAAUGGCUUCCCGACACCUAAACCCCUACACUUCCUGUUUAUCUUCUGUAGAACUAUUUAGAUAUAUUUAUAUACUAUUAUAUAAAGUUAUAAAUAAAUAAAAAGUAAUUUACAGCCACUAAGAGGAUAUUUAUAGUUUGAGUAAAAUCACCGCUCUUUCUUUCCUUCUCAUGCACACCAUUUUCCUUUUAACGUUUUUUUUUUUUUUUUUUUUUAAUUUUUAUUAUUGGCUCUUUCUGUAUUUUUUUAAAAAAAAAAUGUUUUGCAGACAUCAUGUAUUUGUUUAAAAUCAAAAAACAAAUCAUGUUAUUUUGUCCAUCGUGCUCUUCUUCAUUCCAUCUGCACGUCCUGAUUUUAUGGAGGAGAAUGGUCGGGAGGGCGGAGCCUGAGAUACAAUCAAUCAAUUACAUACAGUCAUAUGAUCACUAACACCAUGUCGAUAAACGAUUCAUAUUGUUUAAGUAACAUCGCGAUUCAUAUUCUAAUUCAACGUGGCCGAAGCUCCGCCCACUUUAUUAACUCCAAAACACCUGUCACUCAGCAGGAUCGGGGCGUGUCAUGCGAUCUACCUCCUGUGUUACACGUGUAUGAGGUGAAGGAGCAAUAUUAUUCACACAUCAAGCGCUCGAACGGUCUUCCUGGAGAUGCAGAGGGCAUUUUUUAGACGGGAGUGUCUUCUUGAGACUUGAGAUUGUUAUAAAAAUUGUUUUCUUUGCUUUUUGUAGGUUUAUACCUGCAAAUUCAUUCAUUUUUGUCCAAUGUGUGGUUCUGGGUCUUUUAACCAUUUUAUUUUCUGUGGGUGUGGGGUUUUUUUGGGUUUUUUUUAGGUAUCAUAUUAUUAUGUGAAGCAGCAGCUGCCUGUUUUUGUCAUGCACAUCAUGUUCGGAGUGUAUGGGGCUGAAUUCACCAGUAAUCAUCCAUAAUUAUGCCAAAGACUUACACUGUGAAAGUCAUUCUUGAAUAUUUAAAUGAACCAUUUAACAAGUAGAAUAGACGUAGAAGACUGAGAGAAAAGAUGUAGUUCUUCACAUUGCUGCCAGAGUUAAUGCGCUACCUUCUUUGUAUUGAAUUUUUUAAAUAUAUAUAUUUUGGUAUGUCAUCUUGCCACAGGUGUGCACAUGUCAUUUUUAAUCGUUUUUUUUUUAAUUAUUUUUUUUUUUGCAGCUCAACUGUGUUGUUGGACACAAACUUUUGCACUCGGGUGUAAUAAUCUGUAUUGUAAAUGCAAACCUGACAAAAUGAACGCGUCUCGCGUAGGAGCUCUGCAUUUAAACACCAAAACCGCAGUCUUCAUGUUCCACUUAGCACUUAACAUUAGAGGAGCAGAAAGUUUAUUUCUUAUCUAUUUAUACUUAUUUAGUUAGAUUUUUGUUCCCGCAGACUGUCAGUCCAUGUGAAACAUUAUCAUUACACAUUUGAAGUGUUUUAAUUAUUCAGUCAUUUAAUUCUACUCCUAAAACAAAAAAAGUUACCUAUAUGACGUAUGAGCCUCGUAAUAUUGCAAAAAUCAGUAUUGAUUUAUAAAACUAGCUCGCUGUUACAAUCUCUUUUUUUUUUUUUUUUUUUUAAAGAGCGUUUAUGUGAAUCCUGAGGAAAAACAAUAUCCAGAUCUUGCCAUUAAUCAAAUUCAGCUUCAUGCACUCGGACUGAUCCAUCACAGCGUACUUGUACACAUAUAUACAUAUAUACAUAUAUCUGUAUAGACGUGUGUGUGUGUGUGUGUGUGUGUGUG